AUGGACAACUCAAGUUAUGAAAUGGAGUAUGAUUUCUUCAAUCAAUUUCCUGACGAAACCGUUGAAGAAGUUCUUCCCGCUGCAUUUGACCGCACCACCAAUGCAUUCAGAACCAAAAUAUUAAAUAUUGGAUGGGCUUUGAAAAAAAACCACAGCAAAGCUUACAACAAGUACAAACAAGUUGAAAAACUCGCUGAAGGUGAGAGCCGUUGCGACAGAAAAAUCCAUAAAAAAUGCGCUGGUGCUUUGCGAUGCCUCAAUCUGCAAUGCAAAAGACCUGAAUGGGUCAAAGAUCAACGACCUCCUGUUGACUGGAAAGACGAACUUGGCUGCCUCAAAAAGUUUCAAUGCCCAUAUUGUGAGGCGCCAUUGAAGCGGAUCAACUGGGAUAGGCCAAACAUCACUGCUGCUGCUGCCAUUGCUGGCAUCGAUCCAUCUACUGGCGCCAUCACGAAAAGCGCCAGAGAAAUCAACAGUGUAAUGGCAAAUCAUGGACGCACCAAGUAUGAGAUCCGGAAGUCGAAGGUCCAACAAGAUCUAUCUUCUACCAAAGAAGAUGUGGUAGCUGCCUUUGAAGAUCUUGAUGAGAAGUAUCCAGGCUUUAUGGAUUCAGCACAGAUUGUCCCUAGCAAGGUUUUUGUGAGCUUCUGUUCACCUGAAAUGCUUCAGCGUAAUCUCCCUUUUGCAGAUCAACCGAUCAUAACAGAUGUGACUUUCAAAGCCGUCCCAAAGGGCUAUUAUCUAUGCUCAAGUGUCAUCUAUAUCGAGCAACUCCAGAAGCAUGUCGUCUUUCAUCAAGCGAUAGUCCAAAGCAACACUACACAUGUUUUCAAAGAUUACUUUGUUGCUUUGUUUAGAAAAUUUGAUGUCGAACUGGAGAAGUUUUUGGGAGUCAUUAUGGACUUUUCAGCUGCCCAACGCGAAGGUUUCAUACUAGCCCUCAGGGAUAACUUUGGUGUCAAGCAGCACAAUGCAUUACCUUUUUUAAAAGGGUGCUAUAUGCAUUGGAUGCAGUCAGUCAAGCGCAUGUCCAACAACCGCCAAGUUGUCAAGCCAGAUGAGAUUGAUACCUUCUUGAAGCUAGUCCAUCGGUUCCGUACCACAAGAAACAGUAUCGAAUUCUUUCGAACUGGUAAGGAGCUUUUGACCUUCUUUCCCAACUGUAAAAAGGGGUUACAGUGGUGGCUCCAACCUGGUGUCUCAAGUAUGGUAUUCAGAUGCAAGUCUUUGAUGAAGGACGACUUGAGGCAACACAAGAGCCGCUCAUCCAAUACCACUGAGGCGUUUCAUAGUGCCUUAUACAAGUUGAUGCCAGAGAAAAGACAACCCGUUUCGACAAGCUUAAGACUUUUGUUGCAGGUCGCCAAGCGUGAUGGAAUGAUGUUGUUGGGUUUUUAUGACCACAAUAUCCGACCACAUUACGGAAACAAUCCCAAGAAGCCGACAAAAAAGUAUGCAACUCUGUAUGAAAUUAAUGACGGCCGUGCGCUAGAUAACAACACAGCACUCUUUGGCACCAAGAAGAGAAAACAAGAAGUGGUGCUCAUUAGCGAUGCUGAGGAGGAUGGCAAACGCAAGGCCAAGAAAGCAAAAACACGUGAUGUUAGUUUGGAUGCUGCCAUAAUUGAGCAUCUGGAUGAAACUGAUGAAAUGGAGAGGAACUGUCCCAAGAUGGAUGAUUUCCCAGAUGAUGAUAUCAGUGAUGAGAAACUGUUCCUUGAACUGCUCUCAAACGACGAAUGCAAAAGCGAUAAAGCAGAAAAUGUAUUUGAUAGAACUGAGAACCUAGAUGAAGACAUUAAGAAUAUGUUUGAUGACCUUGGAACUCCUGUUGAAAAUGUUUUCGACUCAGACGAAGAAUUCAAAUCGUUCGUUAUUGAUCUUGUAUCAUCAUCAUCAUCAUUUUCUUCUUCUUUAAUGAAAACCAAAUGCAACCCCCCGUCAGUUUUACAACACAAGUCUGAGCCUACCUCAUCCAAGAUAAGAGCACUAUCCAAUUCUGAUUUUUCGUUGCCUUCGCCUCCUUCGAACUUACCCUUUCCUGCAAGUGAUGGCACAGUUAUUGAUCUUACGAUUCAAGAAAUUCAAAAAUCCAUAUCUGAUACAGUAAUUGAUCUCUGCUCUCCUCCAAUGCCCCAUGAGACUUCGACAUUAGUAGCAAUCGAACCCGAUACAAGCGAUGAGACUAGGAUGACAAGUGAGUCUCCACUUGAAAAUGAGUUAUCUGCCACUGCCGGCUUCUUGGUACCACAAAAAAGGGUGUCUCUUCAAAAAUAUCAAUGGCUCGUAAAGGAUUACAAAAAUAACGAUCCAUGCAAAUACUCGUCUUUACCUGUUCCUACGUACAUUUUCCCCAACCAAAACAACUCUUGUUUUAUCGAUGCAUCUUUGGAGCUCCUGCUCAAUGCCGUUCUUCCGUUCGUGAAUAUGUCUUUCGCUGACCAAAGCAAUGCCUAUGAUAGUGUUCUUGUCAAUGCCUAG